GGGUGCUGGAGGGUGAGGGACAUCUGAGCCUGCCUUUGGCGGAUUCUCUGACCCCAGAGGCUACAGCCUUUGCAAAUAUUCCGCGGCCCCCCUCCCCCACCAAGCCCAGGCCCACCCCAGAUUCUAGCGCUGCCUCCCCCUUCCUGAGCAACUUGGGGGGGGGGGUGGCUCCUGUCCCAUCCCUUCCCUGGCCUUGAUUUUCCAGCCUGCACAUCAGGGGGCCUCACUCAGGCCCCUUCCGGCUCCAGCUCUAUCGGGCCUCUGAAUCAAACCAGACCCCACUGGAUCGCCAAAGAGUUAAGCGAAGGAAAUCCCCAGCUCCCUAGGCUCCCUUUAUCUCCACGAGGAUCCCAGAAGCUGGAGAGGAGCAGGCGGGGAGGAGGGGAAGUGGGAAGCCAGCUCAGCCCGCUCCCUCCGCCUUCCCUCCGCCUCCCUCCCUCCCUUCAUCCCUCCCUCUUCAGCUUGCUUGCUUGCUUGGCCUGGGGGUCCGGGCCAGCAAGAGGCAGACAUGGGCCAAGGAGCCAGAGGCUGCCCAGAGGCUGGGGGUCUGUGAGCCGCUGUGGAGGCCGCUGGACACAGGGUGAGUGAUGAAAGGUCCUGUAACUCCCUCCAGCAGGGCCCAGGGGGCUGGGGUCAGAGCCCAGAAUUCCCUUCCUCCCCCCCUGUCUUCCUAGGCACAUCUUGGGUUCUGCUGUCUCCCUCUGACCCUGGCCAGCCCCUCUCGCUCAUUCUCUGGCUGACUGAGAUCUCAGCACCCCUCACCCCCAGAAGGGCUGCCCCUGUCUGGACACUCACCGGCUCAACUCUGCAGGCCCGGCUCCCUCCUUCUCCAGAGAGCUCCCAGCUCCUGAGUGGAGGCAGCAGGGACCCCUGAUCACCCCCGUCCCCCCCCCCCCAACCACAACACGGUCCCUCACCCUUGAUCCCUGCCAGGCACCCUCCCCCAGGGCCAGUCAAUGAUCAUGGCUAUGGUUAUUAAUACUCUAGUUCAAGGCUGCCUUGCUUCCUGCUUCCUGCUUCCCAGGUUACAGUUCUCUGUGUCUCCGAGCUUUUGACUCCCGGCUGGCCCGGGGCCCACAGAAAGAUCCCCGAUCGUGCCAGUCCUCUGGGAGAGACUCUGCUCGUCCCGUCCUGUGCAGGCCCUGGGAAGACGUCUUGUCGGUUGCAGAAGGAACACGUUGUUUUAUUUUAUUUGCUUAUUAUGGAAGGGUAAUUGACAUGCAGUGUCAGUUUCAGGCGUAGAUGACUACAUCCCAGUCAUUUGGCAAUUCUGUACAUUACUCAGUGCUCACCGCGAUUAGCAUAGUCACCCUUCGGUGUUAUUGCAAUGUUAUUAACGGUCUUCCCUCUGCUGUCUUCUUUUCCUUCUUUUUGUCAGAGUCCUUUACAAGUCAGGCACUUUCCCUGCCUUUGGAUCCUUCCAAACAACCUGGGAGGCGGGUGGUGGUUUCUUCUGCUUUUACGUGUCAAGGAGUGGGAGGCCCAGAGAGGUUAAGCCGCUAGCCCGGAGGUCACACAACUUGUAAACUCUCCCGGGAUCUCAGGUCCAACCCCGAGGCCUCCCCUGUCCCCAGAAAGUCACGUCUCUCUCUAUGACCGGGGUGGGGGGGAAAAAGAGGGGGUUUUUGCUCUUCUCAAAAAUCACUGGGAUGUGACAUUUACAAAUACAAGAUGAGGGUGAUAAUCUUGGACAGAGAUUAGGCUGAUCUCUGAGAAACUGAUCUGCCUGAUUGAGCAGAACCAGGAAGCCAGAGCAGGUGGAGCUUGGGAAUGGUCACCUCUAAGGAGAGGGGUGGUGUCUCCGGGGACUGCCUGCCCCCCCCCCCUCGCUGCUGCCCCCCAGCCCCCAGAGCUGCUCUUUAAAAACCUCUCUGUUACCUCAGUGCUCAGUGGAGACAGAGUAGCAUUUAAAAAUAAUAAUAAUUUUACCUUCUCUGCACGUAUUAACCACACAAAAAAAUAUUUUUGAAUCGUACUAAAUGUUAAAGUACAACCAAGAGGAAAUAAACAAAGAAACGCCAGAAGUGUCAAAGCCAAUCUGGUUUCAAGAGCCGAGUUUCUGAUCCUGCGAUAAGGUGCCAGCCCCCAAACACCGCUAUCACCUCAAAGGCUCUCUGCCUGGCUUCCUGCCCACCCGCCUGUCCCCGGUGUCUGCUGUCCCGGCCACUUCCUGCCCCUCUCCUGGAACCCUGGAUCGGCUCUUGGCCAAGGCCAGAGACGGGUCUGCAUAGCCCCUUGGGCUUCUCCGAGCCUUUUGAAUUUUCCGGACCUCCUCAGCCUGCUCCUUAAUUCCAAUUUACCCCCUUGGCAGCGGAUUGGCAGAUCUGUGAUGACUGACGCAACCGCCGUCCAAUGAAUUGACUCCGGAGCCCUCCCUGCAGGGCUUCCGUGUGAGGUCGCGCGGGUUGUCGACGGUGCAAAGGUGCUGAGAGGGAAGGUGGGCUGACGCCAGCCCUUGCCAAGCCACGCGCCCUCAGUGCCGCAUUCCUCCCAAGAUGACGUCUUCUCUGUAUUUGUCUCUAACGCGUCCGGCCAGAGAGUCACCUCCUUUUGCCUGGCACCCAGGCAAUUGUAUCUCAAAGGUACAAGGGCAGCAUCAUGGGGCACAGCCCCGUGCAUUUUCUCUGACGGAUGUCGCUGCCUGGCUGCUAGAGUAAAUGAACUUUCCUGGCCCCUUUGGCCGGACCACGGUGCCCCUGUGCCAGACCGUGGGCUCAGCCACGCGUCCCCCCUCCCGGAGAACAAGCCUGCAGAAUCUUUUGUGUUUGUCCCAAGGGUCCACCGACCUUCCUUGUGCUGCCGGGGGCAUGUGCUCCCCGGACACGGAGGAGUGGGUGACGAGAAAACAAGCCCCGGGGAGGCGGGUCGGGGGGGGGGGUGGGGCAGAAACAGCAUUUCACGGGUGAUGACUCUUGGGUGGCUGGGACAUCUUCCUCACCCUCCUCAGCAGAGGCCUCCAGGGACCCUUGUCUGUUCCUGGCCUGUGGCUCCCUAGAGGGGUUUCCCUCCCAGGCCCUGGGUUUCUGGGGCCUCGCCUGCAGGCCGUGCAUCGCCGCCAGUCUCUUCGUGACCUUGGAGAAGUUGCUUCUCUGUGUGGGUCUCAGUCUUCUCGUCCGUUAAGUGGGGGCACAAUCGCUCCCUCCCCGAGUUAUGUCAGGUGGGCGGACGCUGAGCGGGCAGCCUCCAGGCCGGGCAUCGGCGCGGUGUAGAUGUUAAGUUAAAUAGAGUCCCUGCCCCUCCUUCCUUGCUCCAGGUUGCCAUGGGGAUAGCUGCCCUGGGCCUCCUCUGCGCGGUGCUUCUGUUCCCUCUCUUGGUGCUUGGGGUCCCCACCCAGGAGCCCACCUCUGGGGAAGCUGUGGCCUCCGGUCCCCCUGGGUACUGUCGCCGGUGCUGUGACCCUGAGGACUCCCUGACCCCCGCCGAUGAAGCAGAUGUGUCCUCAGCCUCUCCAUCUGCCCUCCCGUAUGUGCUGCCUGAGGUCAGGCCCUACAUUAACAUCACCAUCCUGAAGGGUGACAAAGGGGACCGAGGCCUGCUGGGCACCCCCGGGAAGCUGGGCAGGGAGGGUCCCCGGGGGGAGCGCGGCCCGCAGGGCACCAAGGGCGCCAAGGGGCAGGCGGGCAGCCCCGGGGGCCCGUGCCGGACGCGCUUCUCCGCCUUUUCCGUGGGCCGCAAGACGGCCCUGCACAGCAGCGAGGGGUUCCAGCCGCUGCUCUUUGACACCGUCUUCGUGAACCCGGACGGCCACUUCGACCUGGCCGCCGGCCACUUUGUCGCCCCCCUGCGCGGCCUCUACUUCUUCAGCCUCAACGUGCACAGCUGGAACUUCAAGGAGACAUACGUGCACGUCAUGCACAACCAGGAAGCGGCCGUCAUCCUGUACGCGCAGCCCAGCGACCGCAGCAUCAUGCAGAGUCAGAGCGUGAUGCUGGCCCUGGGGCCCGGGGACCGCGUCUGGGUGCGGCUCUUCAAGCGCGAGCGGGAGAACGCCGUCUACAGCGACGAUGUCGACACCUACAUCACCUUCAGCGGCCACCUCAUCAAGCCCGAGGAGGACUAGCGCCUCCAGCGGGGGCUGCUCCGGCCGGGGGGGGGGGUGGGGGGGGUGGGCUGGGGGCAGGGCCGUCCCCUGCGAGGCCUCAGUUUGCACCUCCGUAAAGUGGGCCCCCGGGACCUGGCGUUCUGGAUGGUCUUCCUCUUCUUUUCUCCCCUCCGUCACCCCUUUCUCUCCUCUCUUGGACCUAUCUUAAGAAGCCCUCUGACCUAAACGUUCUAGAAUUUUCCCAGCCUUUUAAACCGGCACGUCCCGGACUUGAACGUGCAUCUGAAUGACUUUGGGGGCUGUGCCAAAAUGCAGAUUCCGAUUCGGAUUCUGGAGGGGGCCCGUGAUUCUGCAUUUCUAAGACGUUCCUGGGUGGUGCUGAUGGGGCUGGGCUGUGGACCCCGCUUGAGCCACAGAUUCUAGAACUUUCACACGCUUCUACUUUCGGAACAUUCUGGAAGCCUCCAGAACAUUCUCUUCCCAACAUCCUCCCAUUCUCGCAUCCCUCUGGGGCUCCCCCUCCUCUGUUCUCUUGCCCCUCCCAGCCCACCCUCCCGAAGGUGCCUGGCUCCCAGGUGCUCGCUGACCCUCCUUGGCCUCUCUCGCCAGCCCAGCGUCCCUGGCUUUCCAGGCUUGGUUAAGGUGCUAAAGCCCUGGUGGGCGUCUCCUGCCCAGCAGCGCCUCCUCUGGCCCGAUGCCGCCUUUACAAAUGCCACCGGGGAGUGGGCCGGGCUUUGGACCCCUCAGCAGGUCUAGGGAACUGAAGCGGCCAACAUUCCGGGUCAAUCAGGGGGAGGCUCCUCUGAGCCAUGAAGCCAAGACAGGCACCGGGAGAGGCCAAGGUCAAGUAAGGGGACAUCAGGCCUUCUGUCCUUUCUCCCCCUCCCAGGGUGGGCCGGCAUGGCCGCGUCCAGCCUUCCCCUCCCCCCAUCCCGGGUGGCCUGAACCUCUCUCCAGAGGGAGAUGGCCUCCGCCCAUUGGUGCUUACACAGACCCCGGGGCAGAGGUGGCCCCAGUGGUGGUUUCUGGUGCUCACUCAUAGCCAACGGACCCAUGGCUACAUGGCUGGGGGCUGGCAGCGGGACCUGAGCAGGUGCCGUCGAGGCUGGCGCUCUCCCAGCCGCCCCCCCCAGCCCGACUUCCGCCCCUGCCCUGCUUGUCCAGAGUGAUUAAAGUUCAUGUGUCUCUUUGGCAA